AUUCAGUAUCAAAUUCAUUAGUGAGUGGCAUCAGUGCUAUGCCUUCCUACUUAGAUGUCGCAGAAAUCCAGAGAGACAUAGAAGAAGAUGACUUGAUACCUGCUCAAGACAUUAUUGGUAGUCGACUGAACAAUUCUGGUGACUUAUCAAGUGACUCAGAUUCUGAUCACAAAAAUAUCAACUUUGAGUCAUCACAGUUUGAUGAGGAUAGUUCUUCAGAAGACGAAAAGUUAAUUGGGAAAGGUUUGCAGUUCAGUGCAGAUGUGGACAAUGACAACAAAUUAACUACAAAUUUUGAUCUCACUGGAAUGCUAUCAAACGUUGCUUCAGUAGGAUCGGCACUAGUAGCAAAUGUACUGAAAUCAGGUGUUCCUACUUCAACUGUAGAGCGAAAGACUAGUGGUAGCGAUAGUGACUUCGAAUUUAUUAAUUACGAGGACCUACAGUAGGACAUUUUCAAUGUUUUUUUAAUGAUAUUAACAGAUGUGAUACAAUUUAGUUUUUUAGACAAUUUUUAUUUAUUAUACAUUUACUCUUAAUAUAGAAUACAAUGUGUGGAACAUCUAACUGUGUUGAUGUUGAAAUUGUCACUUAAUAAAUGAACAUCAGUAAGUA